AUGGCGAAGUCCAAGAACGCGUCUCAGCACCACAACAGCCAGAAGGCUCACCGUAACGGUAUCAAGAAGCCCAAGACCCACCGUUACCCCUCCCUCAAGGGUGUCGACCCCAAGUUCCGCCGCAACCACAGACACGCCCUUCACGGAACCGCCAAGGCUCUGAAGGAGCGCAAGGAGGGCAAGCGCGAGAUCGCAUAAAUUACUU